AUGACCCCAGUACAACCAGUUAUCUCUGAAGCUCCAAAUACCGUGACCGUCAACUCCAUAGUUACCCAGCCAGGGACCACCGUUUCUGAGCCGCCACAGACGGUAACUAUCCAGUCUCCUCCCUCCGUCAUCACACCGCUGCCUCAGAUAGUCACGGUUACUGUCCAGCCCUCCUCUACCAGUGUCACUCCAGUGCCGAGCAUAAUCCGUGUCACUGUUCAGGCUCCCGCUUCGAUUGUGUCUAUGCCAGCUACCCCAGCGACUGUCACUGUAACUGCGACGGAGCCGCCGGUUACUUAUACUGUCACUGUGACUGCCAAGCCAGUGACUGAGCCUCCUGUUACUCACUCGGUCACCGUCACUGCCGCACCCCUACCUGCGUCGACCGUAACGGUCAUUCUUACCUCUUCUGCCCCUUACAGUCCGACCUCGCUUGUUGUCAUCCCCGUCACGCCGGCUGCUGCAGCUGCCCCGGGGCUAUCUACCCCUUCUUCCAUGGCUAAUGGCGGUGCUGCUGCUGACGAUGCCAAUGUGUUGUCUGUGGUCCCGACGUCACCUUCGGGAUAUAUUUUCAUCACCAGGACGGAGACAGUCACUACAACAGUUACGACGGUUUCUACAGCCACUGUGUAA